AUGGCCGGAAAAAUUGAAGUGUACGAAUCUUAUAAGACUCACUUCGAAAAGUUAAGGCUGGCAUAUCCCGGGCGCAAAUUGCUCGUGGUCUCAAAUACCGCAGGCGCAACUUCCUGGGAUAAGAAUCUAAAGCUUGCUGCUGAAGUUGAGGAGAAUACUGGCAUCACAGUAUUGUCACACUCAGUCAAGAAGCCAGGGUGCGGCCAGGAGAUCAUGGAGUACUUCAAGAAACAUCCAGAGACUGGAGUAACACACCCCGGACAUGUUGCGUUUGUCGGUGAUAGACUGACGACGGAUAUGAUGCUCGCCAAUAUGACGGGAGGGUGGGGGUUCUGGGUUAAAGACGGAGUGAUACCCCUCGAGAAGAAGAGCAUCGUGAGUAACUGUCUACCCCUCAAUCUCAAACACGGAUGCGUUAGCAAACGGUGGCUGACAAUACCAGUUUUCGAGAUUGGAACGGCCUCUGGCGUCAUUCCUACUUGGCCGAGGUUUACAUGCCCCUGA